AAGUUGUCAAAAGAGAGGAUUCAAAAAAUUAUACCCCAGAUAUCAAAGAUAUCAAAGCCAUCAUGUCCGACCCUUCACCGAAACGUUUCGAGACCCUCCAGCUCCAUGCGGGCCAGGAGCCUGACCCUGCAACUAAUUCCCGGGCUGUCCCAAUCUAUGCGACAACGUCCUACACCUUCAAUGACUCCGCACACGGCGCCAGGCUUUUUGGCCUCAAAGAGUUUGGCAAUAUUUACAGCCGAAUUAUGAAUCCCACAGUCGAUGUCUUCGAAAAACGUAUUGCUGCACUCGAGGGAGGUGUCGCUGCGGUGGCUGCCUCAUCUGGCCAGGCAGCCCAGUUCAUGGCCAUCUCUGCUCUAGCCCAUGCUGGUGACAAUAUCGUUUCCACAAGUAAUUUGUAUGGUGGUACAUACAAUCAGUUUAAGGUCCUUUUCCCACGACUGGGAAUUACCACAAAAUUCGUGCAGGGAGACAAAGCAGAGGACAUUGCCGCCGCUAUCGAUGACCGUACCAAGGCCGUCUACGUCGAGACAAUAGGAAACCCUCGCUACAAUGUGCCCGACUUUGAGGUCAUUGCAAAAGUAGCCCAUGAGAAGGGAAUUCCCCUUGUGGUUGACAACACCUUCGGUGCCGGAGGCUACUUUGUUCGACCCAUUGAACAUGGCGCCGACAUUGUCGUGCACAGUGCAACUAAAUGGAUUGGAGGUCAUGGCACAACCAUCGGAGGCGUUGUCGUGGACAGCGGCAAAUUCGACUGGGGCAAGAACGCCGCGCGGUUUCCUCAGUUCACGCAGCCUUCUGAAGGUUACCACGGGUUGAACUUCUGGGAGACCUUCGGCCCCAUUGCCUUCGCGAUUCGUGUCCGGGUCGAAAUCCUGCGCGACCUCGGGUCCGCGCUGAACCCUUUUGCCGCGCAGCAGCUCAUCCUGGGUCUGGAAACCCUAAGCUUGCGCGCUGAGCGUCAUGCUUCCAACGCUCUGGCCCUCGCCAACUGGCUAAAGAAGAAUGAUCACGUCAGCUGGGUUUCUUACGUGGGCCUAGAAGAGCACUCCAGCCACGAAGUUGCAAAGAAGUACCUCAAGCGUGGGUUCGGCGGUGUCCUAUCCUUUGGUGUCAAGGGUGAGGCAGCCGUCGGUAGCCAGGUUGUCGACAACUUUAAGCUCAUCUCCAAUCUAGCAAAUGUUGGAGACUCCAAGACCCUCGCGAUUCACCCCUGGAGCACCACUCACGAGCAGUUGACCGACCAGGAGCGAAUCGAUUCUGGUGUUACGGAAGAUGCCAUCCGCAUCUCUGUCGGCACUGAGCACAUCGACGACAUCAUCGCCGACUUUGAACAGUCAUUUGCAGCGACCUUCAAAGUUGUCCGGAGUGCUUAGUGCCUGGGCUCUAGGGCGGAAGUCGACAUGGUCAAGACGAAAUAUGAAUGAAUUGCCUGUGCUGUUGGCGUUUACUGGCAGCUAACUAUAUACCUACAUAUCAUACUAUCAUAUGAGAUCCUGGAUACCUUUUUAUUUAUAAAUACCACCCCUAUCUUCUUAA